AUGUCGUCCCCUUCACGAGAGACGCCGCCAAUAGAGUUUGGCUCCGGCUCAAACACACCCCUCCGACCCCGAAAAACCAUCACUGCUUCGCCCACAUCGUCUAUCUGGCGAGACCUUCCUGAAAGUCUUUUUCGGCAACAUGUCGUGGAACUGGAGAAAUCAACAAAUGCUGUGCCUGCCGAUGCCGAGACAUUUCCGUUACCCGAUGCCCCAGAAGCUGAUGCGACUAGAGAAACGGGAACAUCUUUCAAAGCGCACACAAAUCAAAUAUCGGCGUCGAAAGGAACGUGUGACGCCUUUCGAGAUUCUGAUAGCCCCUACGAGCAUCUUCAACCCCGCCAACUAACCCUGGCCACUGAACAACGCCUAGCGGAUGACAUUGCCUACCUGAUUGCUGUUGGAGAAGGGGCACAGUCCGUUGCUGCUACAACUGUCCAGGAACAUCGAGCAAGGCAUCGAGUGGAAGGACAGCAGCAAGAUGCAGGUCUUAGGAUCGUCAUCGCCUCUGUGGAUGCGAUCCAGCCCAGUUUGCAGGCCUUUCUCAGCUCCAUUUUCCAGCUCCUUUCUGCUACGUCACCCACAAAGAAAGCGUGUUGUCUUCUGGACUUGGUCGUUCGGCAUCAUCAAGCCCGUCUCCUGAACCGCCUUCGCUCAGCCAAAUGGAAGAAGCCCGUCUAUCUCUUCCGAACCCAUAAAAAGCCCUUAUAUGCCGAUUUCGCAAACCUUGUCCAUCGCGUCCAGUUCCUUUACACCAAAAAGGAAGCAGCAGCGCGGGCGCAACUUGAAAGAGGGCUCUCGUCGUUGGGGAAUCUUCUGGAAGCAUUUGAGUCAGAGACAAACGACCACGAGAAAUUAGUCGAGAUAGUACGGUCUAGCUACGAGCUCUGCAAUUCUCCAUUCGUCGCAGACUAUCUCGAGCGCUUGCAAGCGGGAAGGGCGACAGGUCAAAUUCAGGCCUGCCUCAAGACUUUGCGUCAAAUUGAGAAGAUCGCAGCUUACUACCGUAUCUGCGUGACUUUGAGAAGCCUAUCACAUUCCCACGCUCAAACAUUUGACAACGUACAGCUUCUUUUUUUGCCUCCAUUCGAGGCAGUGCCUCUCACCUUAGCCUAUCAACCAUGGGCAAAAUUCACUCACGUCCACGCAGAAAUCAUCUUGGCUGUUCAUCACGAUCUGGAAAACUCUGAUGGUUCCUGGUACAGACCGAGAUGCCUUGGCGCCUCUAAAUACUUUUGCUAUCUCUGUUUCCUGUUUAUCCGACAUCACGGAGCCUAUUUUGCAGCUAACACGCAUGGGGCUUGCUACGAUCAGUGGACUAUACCGGACCUUGCCGACUAUCCCGAGUCAGUCGCCAAACAUUACCGACAGGUGUUGCGAGCGAUGGAUGCGGACAUUCUAGCCCAAACACGGGACGCAGUAUGGAGGCCGGAGCCGAUGACCAGCCGUGAAAACUUGAUAGGAGCAACAGGCAUAUAG